UCCUGAAUUUUGUAUUUUCUUGAGUGCAUCAAAAUGUUGCUUUCUUCUGUGAAGACUACCCUUCAUUCUGUAAUAUGAGCAUGAUUAUUCUUUCAUUUUUCUGUAGAUCCUUUGACCAAUAUGAAAUUGGAAAACCAGACCAGAGUGCAGGAGUUUCUUCUUCUGGGCUUUCCCACAUUAUUAUUAUUUCAAAUACUGCUGUUUAUAAUAUUCCUUAUUGUUUAUAUCCUCACCCUGUUGGAGAACAUUGUGAUUAUUAUGCUGAUAAGGAUGAACAAACAACUUCAUAAACCAAUGUACUUUUUCCUCAGUCACCUCUCUUUCCUGGAAACUUGGUACAUUUCUGUGACAGUUCCUAAACUCCUGGUUAACUUGGUCACAAAGAACAAAAGCAUUUCUUAUGAAGGAUGCAUGGCCCAGCUAUACUUUUUCAUAUCUCUAGUCUGCACUGAGUGUGUCCUCUUGGCUGUCAUGGCUUAUGAUCGUUAUGUUGCUAUUUGCAACCCUCUGCGUUAUCCAGUUAUUAUGACUGCUCAAUUUUGCUUGCACUUAGCUGUGGGGUCCUGGCUUACUGGCUUCCUCAUUUCAAUGUUAAAGGUCUUCUUCAUAUCCUGCUUGAAUUUUUGUGGACCCAACACCAUCAACCAUUUCUUCUGCGAUAUCUCACCGCUGCUCAACCUCUCUUGCACAGACCGCACAGUGGCUGAGAUGGUGGACUUUGUUUUUGCUCUCAUUAUCCUCAUAAUUCCACUGUCUGUCAACAUUGGGUCCUAUGUAUGCAUAAUAGUAACCAUUUUACAUAUUCCCACAACCCAAGGGAAAAAGAAAGCCUUUUCCACCUGUGCUUCACACCUCACUGUGGUUAUGAUCUUCUUCUCAGCCACCCUCUUCAUGUACGCUCGACCCAAGAGAAUCCAUUCUUUUGAUCUCAAUAAGCUUGUUUCAGUUGUGUACACUAUUGUCACACCCAUGUUGAAUCCCUGCAUUUACUGUCUAAGGAAUCAAGAUGUAAAGGAAGCCCUGAAAAAAGUUUUUUUGUAGUUUGUAGAAUGUCACCACAGUCAUCUGUACUGACCAUUAGAGUCAUAUAAGAUAGACAAUAAUAAUGGAGUGAAGUAAAAUUGAUUGCAGGCGGAGAAGAAUAAUGAUCAAGGGAAAGGAGGUACUCUGUGCCAUCUAAUGUAGUGUUGGAAAAAUGAUGUCACUCUUUCCCAUAUUAUUCAUCUAAUGGUCAAUGUUGUAUCAAUUAAAAUUUCCCUAUUUUCUUCCCACUUCCCUGAAGAUGACAUGGUUUUCCCUUUUCACUAAAGCCAUUUUUAAAGCUAUUGCUGGAAACACCCAAGAAGUCCUCCUCACUCCUUCUCUCCCCAUCUCCCAGCUCAGUUGUCGCAUGGCCUAUGUCCGACCUUUCCCAUAAAAUAAUUCAAAUUGUUUCCAAUACUAAUCAGAUUUUCCAAGAGUAGUCUAUUCCAUUAUUUCUUAGGUUAGUCAAUAUGAAGGAACCAACAAUUUCACUGCUAAUUUGCUUGUGAGCUGGCACAAAGUUUCCCAUUGGCUUUCUCCGUUUCUUUCUUUCCUGGAGACUUACUAGGGAUUCAAAGCCAAUAAUUCAGGUAUCAGUACAUUGUAUGGCACAAGUCUUGUCCACAUCAAAGAUUUUCUGUUGCUGUUUUUCUAUUGUAAAAAAGAUGUAGAAAUGUGUUCCCAAAAUGUGUUCCUCUAUGUUAAGUAUUUGAUGUUCUAUAUGAUGAAAAGUGUCAUGAAUUCGUCUUUCCUAUGUGAAUUAAUCAUGCAACUGAGAUUCAUAAGCAUUUUACAAUUACAAUACAUGUAAUUCUGACUUUAUAUGAAAUCAUUGGAUGGAUGAAGUGUGAGUAACAAUGGCAUGAAAGUUCAGUAAACAUCAGUGAUAGCUA